UGUGCUCGCCUUGCUCAGCUCUUCUAUCAGAAACUAGGUUUUUUGUUUGUUUUUUUAAACUGUUGUUCAAGCCCCCACUCUCCUCCCUUGUUUUCACUUACUCUGCGUGAACCCUUCCGGAGACUCCUCCCCUUCUCCCCCUGCCGGCCCAGGAAUGGCAGAGAACGAUGUGGACAAUGAGCUCUUGGACUAUGAAGAUGAGGUGGAGACAGCAGCAGGGGGAGACGGGGCUGAGGCCCCUGCCAAGAAGGAUGUCAAGGACUCCUAUGUCUCCAUCCACAGCUCUGGCUUUCGUGACUUCCUACUGAAGCCAGAGUUGCUCUGGCCCAUUGUUGACUGUGUCUUUGAGCAUCCAUCAGAAGUCCAGCAUGAGUGCGUCCCUCAGGCCAUUUUGGGAAUGGCCGUUCUAUGCCAGGCCAAGUCAGGCAUGGGAAAGACAGCAGUGUUUGUGCUGGACACACUGCAACAGCCAGAGCCAGUUACUGGACAGGUGUCUGUGCUGGUGAUGUGUCACACUCGGGAGUUGGCUCUUCAGAUCAGUAAGGAGUACGAGCGCUUCUCUAAAUACAUGCCCAAUGUCAAGGUCGCGGUGUUUUUUGGUGGUCUAUAGAAGGAUGAAGAGGUGCUGAAGAAGAACUGCUUGCAUAUCAUCGUGGGGACCCCUGGCCGCAUCCUAGCCUUGGCUCGAAAUAAGAGCCUCAGUCUCAAACACAUUAAACACUUUAUCUUGGAUGAAUGUGAUAAGAUGCUUGAACAGCUCGACAUGCAUCGGGACGUCCAGGAAAUUUUUCGCAUGACCCCCCAUGAGAAGCAGGUCAUGAUGUUCAGUGCUACCUUGAGCAAAGAAAUCCGUCCAGUCUGCCACAAGUUCAUGCAAGACCCAAUGGAGAUCUUCGUGGAUGAUGAGACGAAGCUGACGCUGCAUGGGUUGCAGCAGUACUAUGUGAAACUGAAGGACAACGAGGAGAACCGGAAGCUCUUUGACCUUCUCGAUGUCCUUGAGUUCAAUCAGGUGGUGAUCUUUGUGAAGUCUGUGCAGCGUUGCAUUGCCCUGGCCCAGCUUCUAGUGGAGCAGAACUUCCCAGCCAUUGCCAUCCACCGAGGGAUGCCCCAGGAGGAGAGGCUUUCUCAGUAUCAGCGGUUUAAAGAUUUUCAACGACGAAUUCUUGUGGCCACCAACCUAUUUGGCCGAGGCAUGGACAUUGGACGGGUGAACAUUGCCUUUAACUCUGACAUGCCUGAGGAUUCUGACACCUACCUGCAUCAGGUGGCCCGAGCAGGCCGGUUUGGCACCAAGGGCUUGGCCAUCACGUUUGUGUCAGAUGAAAACGACGCCAAGAUCCUCAAUGACGUGCAGGAUCGCUUUGAAGUCAAUAUUAGUGAGCUGACAGAUGAGACAGACAUUUCCUCCUACAUUGAACAGACACGGUAGAGGACUCACCCAUAGUUUUGGAGUGUGACCAUCUGUCCCUCUUCAGGAGAUGACAGCAGGCAUGGGGGUGAAGGAGACACUACUGCCACCUGCCCU